GAUCAUAUCCAAAAAACGGAUGUUCUUGUUCUCGAUCACGCCUGGCAUUGGUUCCGCAUAGUGGCAUUGUUUCCUUCGGAGCAAUAUCGAGCGGACCAUAACAGGAAGACGCAACUGCAGUGUAGCAGCAGUGACCCAGGAGCCACCUGUGCAGUAGCUAGUUCCCCAUAAAAGUCACAUUUAAACAACUGUUACCUACAGUGGAGGGUGACAGUUUCAGAGGGAAAAGAGACAAUGUCAGUCUGAUCUCAGAGAAACACCAUGUUCCCAGCUAAGCUGACCAGUCGGAUAACUCUGAAUGUCCUGAGGAGGAUUCAUCACGGACCUUCUUAUCCCUGUCUUUACUCCCUGACAAGCUCCUUCCUUCACACAGAAGGUGGAAGGACAAGAAAUGUGAGUCUCCACUCAGAUUCCAGUGCAUUGAGAAAAGUGUUUAGCAGCCACACUGCUAUCCGCCCGUUACUCAGACUAGAUGAAACACAACAAUAUGGGAGAAGAUCAUUCAGUGUAUCAGCUGCUACAAUUGUGAAUUCAGCCCCCGCACCUGUACAGCCAUACCUUCGAUUGAUGAGACUGGACAAACCUAUUGGAACAUGGCUUCUCUACCUCCCAUGUACAUGGAGCAUUGCUCUGGCUGCCGACCCCGGAUGCCUCCCACAUCUGGGCAUCCUCACACUGUUUGGCACAGGUGCUCUGCUGAUGAGAGGAGCGGGCUGCACCAUCAAUGACAUGUGGGAUAAAGACUUUGACCAAAAGGUGGCAAGGACGGCAACUCGACCGAUCGCAUCAGGAGAGAUUUCUCGGAGGCAGGCACUAGUCUUCUUAGGAGGGCAACUUUCUCUGGCACUUGGGGUUCUCUUGUGUCUCAACUAUUACAGCAUAGCUUUGGGUGCUGCCUCACUAUCUCUUGUCGUCUCCUACCCGCUGAUGAAGAGGAUCACUUAUUGGCCACAGUUUGUGUUGGGCCUCACUUUUAACUGGGGAGCGCUGCUCGGCUGGUCCGCUGUCAAGGGCUGCUGUGAUUGGUCAGUAUGCCUGCCUCUGUAUUUCUCAGGAGUGAUGUGGACGCUGAUAUAUGACACAAUAUAUGCACAUCAGGAUAAGGAGGAUGAUAUCAAGGUAGGAGUAAAAUCUACUGCUCUGAGGUUCCAGGAGCAAACCAAACCUUGGCUGAGUGGCUUCAUGGUGGCCAUGAUGUCAGGACUGGUUGUAGCUGGAGUCAAUGCUGAGCAGACUCUCCCUUACUAUGCUGUCCUGUCCACAGUGGCCAUUCACCUAACACAUCAGAUUUACACAUUGGACAUUAACAAACCAGAGGACUGCUGGAAGAAAUUUGUCUCAAACAGAAACCUUGGACUGCUGUUAUUUUUGGGCAUUGUUGCCGGCAAUUUGUGGAAAGAAAGAAGAGAGACUUUGUUGCAAAACGAGGAAGCAGACAGAUAAGUCAGAAAUCCCACAAAGUGACCGAAAUGACCACCAUGCCACCACAGCGAGAAACUAAAAGUCAUGAACAACGGGAAACGUUUACACUUAAUAUAAACCAGUCUACGCAGCCAUAAGGCUGUUGUGGCGUUCCAUCUACGGGCAAACUCAGACAUGCGGCUCGAAGAUUCGAUGGUCCAGACAUCUCCAUCGGAUAGUCUGCUCCAGUCUGGGGAGUCUCCUGGUGACUUUUCCCAAAAGCCAAAACCAGCUGCGUUGUUGAGACAUUCACUGAUCCUCCAGUGAGAAUAAUAUUGGAUCCUCAAAACCAACGCCAGACCCCAAACCCACAGCAUGCCAUGGAGAAUGACAGAAUUUGAGGGAUUGUAGGUGUUAAGUUUCAGGAAAUAGACAAGACAAAACCUCCCCCACUCUAGCAAUAACACCUGCAUCAAUUUAAUGAAGACCACACUGAGGGGAUUAGGGGGAGGGUUGAUGUUAAUCCCUGCAAUUAAGGACACAAAUUGGCUGUAGGAGCACAAAGGCCCACCAAGCAGUGUGGUGAAAUUGAGGAUGUAGCUAAUAAGAGGGAGGAGCUUCACACAAGUCUUCUUUUUGGAUGAAUCGGCAAUUGUAAGCAGAACUCGUUUCUCCUGGAGGUCCAUGGACAGCGAGGUGAUCCUCUGAGUGAGCAGCAUCAGGGAGGACACUGCCAAAAACAAUCUGAAAGUGGAAGAGUUUUAAUUUUGAUCACAUAAGAAAAGGUUCUUGAAGAGAAAUAAAUGUUUAAAUAUCUGUAUGCAUUUCAUGUUUUUGCCCAGUGCAUAAUAUCAAAUAUGGUUCAAAGCUAGUCCUUAACAGUGGGAACCCAAACUUGACAAGAAAUACUCUUCUUAAGGU